AUGGGCCAUGUUAUUCGCAGAUCGUUUUACAAAAGUUACAGAAACAUUAAAAAGAAAAUAAAGCAGAUUUUUGGAGUUGUUAAUAAGGCUUCCAUAUGGAGAGAACAUGUGGACUUUGCUGUUAAUUGCAUGAACGAAAUUAAGACAAUCCAAUUCAACUUGAACAUUCCGCAGCUUGUUUGCUUUUAUCCAACUGAGUGCUUCUUUUAUUCAUCUACUUACAAGGCAUCUAUAGCUCUUCCUAUAAACACAAUCAUAAAGUUUGUUCUUGUUUGGAUGUUCUUUGCUACCCCAUUGUAUCUUUUGGGUGAAUUUAUUGGAAAAAGUUCCCAAACUGAGGUUCAAGCUCAAUCCCAAAAUAACAAGGAUGAGCUAAAACCUUCAUUAACUAGGGUAAAAACCAACCGAAAAAAUCUAAAGGUACCGCGGUUCAUGUGUUAUCUUCCUCAGAUGGCAUUGGCUGGGAUAUUUCCUUUUAGUGCGAUUUGCGUUGAGCUUUCGUCUGUGGUUUAUAGCUUGUGGGGUUAUGAGAAUUACACUCAGUACAAGUUUCUGUUUGUAACCUUCAUUCUUCUUCUAAUCAUCACUGCUUUAAUCAAUGUGGGCUUGAUUUGUUGCAAGAUUGUUUCUAAAGAUCACAAAUGGUGGUGGAGGUCAUUUGUGUAUGGUGGAUCAAUUGGAUUGUAUGUUUAUGGGUUUUGCAUACAUUACUUAUUGUAUAAGAGAUCAGAUAUGUCAGGUUCCUUACAACUCUCAUUCUUCUUAGGAUACAUGGCUUGCAUUUGCUAUGCCCUUUUCUUGAUGUUUGGUAGUGUUGGUUUCUUAGCCUCUUAUCUCUUUCUUCGCCAAAUUUACCAUUCUCUUCAUUACUCAAAAACUUGAUAUAGCUGAUGAGAUGAGAUGAGAUAAUUGU